AUGCUAGAGCGACAUCCACAACAGGCCAGAAAAAACAUACGGACCAAGAGGACAGUGAAGCUUCUAGAAACCCAAAGAAACCCUGGAGUGAGGAGGAGAGCCGUGGAGAAGAGGAUGGGGAAGUACAUGGCUCUGUGUGCUGUGCCUCACACAGGAGUCUGCAGCCCUCAUCAACAGAACCUGGAAGGACCUCAAGUACUUUGUGUAUAA